AUGGUAAAACCAAAAAAAGAAGUUGAUAAAGAUGAUUUAACAAAAGAAGAAUUAAAAUUAAGAAGAUCACCAACAGAUAUAAAAUGUAAAGCCAAAAGGGUUUUAUUAGUACAAAAACUUCAAGCAGCAAAGAAAACUGCAAGAGAAAAAGCAAGAAAACAAAGAAAGAAAGAAAGAGAGAUAUUAGGUGAUGCAGCACCAGCCAAAGAAGUACCAAGAACCAUUGAAUCUAUGAGAAGAGCUGAUGAAACCAUUGUAGAUACAGAGAAUGAUAAAGAAUUUGAAGAAGAAAUUAAUAAGGAUGAAUUUGAAUCCUAUUUCGAUGGUAGAGUACCAAAGAUUGUAGUAACCACAAAUCAAAGAUCAACUAAAGAAGCCGUUGAGUUUGCUCAAGUAUUUACUAAACUUUUACCAAAUUGUGAAUUCUUUCAUCGUAGAAAAUAUCAUUUAAAAGAAAUCGUUCAAUUUUGUAAUAAUAGAGAUUAUACUGAUAUUAUUGUUGUAAAUGAAACAAAAGGAAUUAUAGAUGAAUUAACAAUUUCACAUUUACCAAAUGGACCAACAGCAGUAUUUAGAUUAACAAAUUUAGUUAUGCCAGAGGAUAUACCAGGUGGUGGUGAAAUGACAUCACAUAAAGCAGAAUUAAUUGUUAAUAAUUUUACAACACGUUUAGGUCAUUCAAUUGGUAGAAUGUUUGCAUCAAUGUUUGCACAAGAUCCAAAUUUUAAAGGUCGUAGAGUUUGUACACUUCAUAAUCAACGUGAUUUCAUAUUUUUUAGACAACAUCGUUAUAUUUUCGAAUCAAAAGAAGAUGCAAACGUACAAGAAUUAGGACCACGUUUCACUUUAAAAUUAAAAUCACUUCAAAAAGGUUCUUUCAAUACUUCAACUGGUGAAUAUAUUCAUCUUCAUCAACAUAAUAUGGAUGUUGAUAGAAAGAAAUUUGUUUUAUAA